AUGCCGCCGCUCACCGAGCUUUUUAUCAAUGGAGAAUACAGACCGUCGUCAUCCGAACCUCCCAUCUUCGAGGUCCUUAAUCCGUAUUCACAUCAAGUCGUCGGCUUGUGUUCCACCGCGUCCAGCCAGGACUGCCGCGACGCCAUCGAGGCAGCUAGCAGAGCAUUUGUCUCAUGGGAGAAGACGAGCCCCUGGCACCGCCGCGACAUACUCCUCAAAGCAGCCGAUCUCAUUAUCACCGAAAAGUACAAGCGAGCGUUGAUUACUAGCCAGUGUGAGGAGACGGCGGCAACCGACGGAUGGGGGUAUGGGCAGUGGGUGGUAGCGCAGAACUUCCUCAGAACGACGGCUAGCAUGGCUAAUGAGCUGAAAGGCGAGUCAUUCGUUAGUGGAAGCGUAGUGGGGGCGCAGGCCGUCACGCAGAGGAGGGCUUUGGGUGUGAUCCUCGCUAUCGCACCAUGGAAUGCCGCGCUCACCUUAACUCUACGAACCAUUGCCGUCCCCAUCCUCUGUGGGAACACGAUUGUGUUCAAAUCCUCCGAGCUCAGUCCACGCAGCCAAGCGAUUGUUGCAGAUCUCUUUGCAGAGGCGGGUUUACCAUCAGGCGUCCUCAACAUUAUUUCGAUUUCACCAGAAACGGCGCCGCAUCUGACGGCAGAGAUUAUCGCCCAUCCGAUGAUUCGCAAAAUCGCUUUUACGGGGAGUGAACGCGUUGGUCGGAUAUUAGCCAUGGAGGCUGCCAAGUCCUUGAAGCCUUGUGUCCUAGAGCUCGGGGGCAAGGCACCCGUCAUCGUCCUCAGUGACGCAAAUAUCAACGAAGCCGCUCGAUCCAUCGUCUUCGGAGCCAUGGCUCACUCCGGUCAAGUCUGCAUGUCCUCUGAACGUGUCAUCGUUCAUCAGGACGUUGCCGAGGAAUUGCUGGGAGAGGUCAAGCGCCUUUGUGAGGGUAUCAAGGCGGGGGACCCGUCGCGCUCGAGUGACCGGCAGGUGAAGUUGGGAGCGCUGUUCUCCGAGGCGUCUGCGCGGAACAUAGUGAGCAUGAUGCAGGAGGCGGUGGACGGUGGUGCGAGGCUUGUGCUGGGAGAUUUGAAGCACGAAAGUUCGGUCGUGCAGCCGCAUUUACUUGCGGAUGUGAACGUGGGGAUGAGGAUAUGGAGGGAGGAGUCUUUCGGUCCAGUUACGGUUUUUAUGUCGGUUAACAGCAUUGAUGAGGCCGUGGAAAUGGCGAAUGCGACCACUUACUCCCUCAGCGCGGCCUUGUGGACGACAAACAUCCAUUAUGCAAUGUCUGUUGCACCACGCAUUCGUGCUGGCGUCACUAGCGUUAAUGGGCCGACCUUUCACUCCGAGGCAUAUGUAGGUGUGGUGGGCCUUGGUGGGUCAUCAGGUUACGGGCGAUUCGAUGUGGAAAACUUUACGGAUAAGCGAUUAAUUCUCUACCACCCUGAUGGGGAGAGGCCGUAUCCUGGUUUGCUGUAG